AUGCUUCUUACGAGGGAAGGAUUAAAAUAUAUUCCACCAUGCCAAAGUCAUUUUUAUUAUCGUCAACCUGUGGAAAAAAUUAUUGAACGAGAAUAUAAUCGUCUUCAUGGUGAAAAUGUUAAAAAUCUUACUGAUUAUACAUUUUCAACAAAGGAUACACGUGCUAUUGAAUAUUUCACUGAAAUAAAAAAUUUACUUGAACAAUUAUAUACGAAACCAUUACCAACAAAACUUAAACGACAUGCGCAAUAUAUCUACAAGAUGAUAAAGUCAAUGCAACGAAAAUUACGAAAAGCAAAUAUUGCUGUUGGUCAAACUGAUAAAAGUAAAUUAUUCUUUUUUAUUGAUGCGCAGGAAUAUGAAGAAAAAAUUCAAACUUAUAUGAACAAAACAAAUGCUUAUAAUGAAAUUACCAGUGGAAUUUGUCCAUUAGGAGAUGAUUUACAUUUAGUUAUAUUAUUACUUGAUCAUUUACUUGAACGGAAUGCAAUUAACAAAGAGCAAUACAAAAAAAUGUAUCCAAAUCUAAAAACAUUAGAAUUAGCUCACAUUUAUUUCAAUCUUAAAGUACAUAAGCCUGAAAUAUCAGUUCGACCUAUUGUUGCUUCCAUCAAUGCACCUGCUAGACAAAUAUCAAGUUUUUUAGAACAACUUCUCACUCCAAUUUACAAUUAUGUGACAAAAGAUAUAACAUUUAUUAAUAGUAUAGAUGUGAUUCGAAAAUUAAAAGAAUAUGAUCAAAAAGGUUAUCUGACAUCAACAACAUUAUUUGUUAUAUUUGACGUGACUGAUUUAUAUACAAUGAUUCCACGUGAUGGUGCUAUUGCAGCUUUAACUCGAUUUUGUAAAAAAUACUCAAUGAAUGAAAAAAUUGGAAAUCUUAAAAUAGAUACGAUUAUUAAAUUAGCCUGUGUUGUUUUAGAUACCAAUACAUUUGCUUAUAAAGAAAAAUAUUAUAGACAAAUUAAAGGUGGUGCUAUGGGUUCACCAUUUACUAUGGUUUUAGCAAAUAUUUAUAUGCUAGAAUGGGAACAAAAAUUAAUUCAACAUCAAAAUAGACAUCAAGAAAUUUAUGGCCGAUAUAUUGAUGAUGUCUUUAUGACUACGAGUUUAACAAAAGAAGAAAUCUUACGUGAACUCGAAGAAACAACGAAAAAUGAUCCCAACAUUAAAGUUACUAUAACAAUAAAUCACGCAUUAGAAUAUCUUGAUGCCAGCAUUGAAAAUAAUAAAGGACAAUUAAAAACAACUAUUUAUCAUAAAACAGCUUGGGAACCUCAUAUUCUACCUUAUGAAUCUGAUCAUCCACGACAUGUGCAUGCGAAUAUAAUUUAUACAAUGUUAGUUCGAGCUGCACGUAUAUGUUCAACUGUGGAAGAUUUUGAUAUGGAACGAUUAAGUGCUGAAAUGAUAUUGUUGGUCAAUGGAUAUCCACCAAAAUUUAUUCAAUACCAUUUAAAAAAUUUUUUUCUGCAAUUUAAUGCUAUGAGCACAUGGACUGAACUAAACAGUGAAUCAUAUGAAAAAUUACAUCAGACAUUACUUUACAAACCAACAAAAAGAGAAACUAAAACCAAUGUAAAGUUAAAUGAUCAAUUGAUUCAAAACCAAAACACAAACGAACAUAAAGAUCAAAUUUAUCUUCAUUAUACAUUUGAAAAUGGACCAUUACUGAAUUUUAAAAAAGAAUAUAGAAAAAUAUGGCAAAAAUAUUACGUUUAUUCAGGAUCACGUCUCAAACAUACUCGACUAAUUCUUGGCACUUUAUUAAACCGAACAUUAGAAGACCUUCUAAUACAUAAAAGACCAAGACGUGAUAUGUUAACCGGUAAAAAACGAGCAACAGCGGCAACUCAUCAUACAACAGCAGAACAAUUCCGUCAAUGA